UGUUGUUGUUUUAUGUGCGACUGCUAGCAGAGAGAGCUGAUAGUUGAAUUUUCUAGAAUUCUGUCUUACAUAUUUUAGUUAUCUUUUCUAUAAUCGAAACUCCUCAGUUGUGUAUCAUUCACAAUUCUUCAAGCUUAACUUGUUUGGCCGUCAAGAGUGUCUAACUUGUCCGCGAUUCGCUGAGCUGAAUGUUGAAUGACAUCCCCAUUAGCUUUUUAAAAUGGCUGACAUCGGUUCUCUUACUGAUAAUUUGAACGUUAAAAACAGUAACUUCAUUUGUGGUGUUGUCGAGGGCUUUUAUGGAAGACCAUGGACCACCGAGCAACGAAAGGAUCUUUUCCAGAAGAUGAAAAAGUGGGGUAUGGACUCGUACCUGUACGCCCCUAAAGAUGAUUACAAGCAUCGUGUUUACUGGCGCGAGCUCUACACUGUCGAAGAGGCCGAGCACUUGACUGGCCUCAUCACUGCUGCUCAAGAGUGCGGAAUCAACUUUUACUAUGCUCUUUCUCCUGGCCUUGAUAUCACAUAUUCAUCAACGAAAGAGGUUUCAACGCUCAAACGGAAGCUGGAGCAGGUGUAUCAGUUUGGAUGCACGGCAUUUGCGCUUUUGUUCGACGAUAUUGAGUCAGAAAUGUCUGAAGCAGAUAAAGAAGUUUUUCAAUCUUUUGCACAUGCCCAGGUCUCCAUCACAAAUGAAGUCUAUCAGCACCUCAGCCAACCUAAAUUCCUGUUAUGUCCAACCCAGUAUUGUGCUGCAAGAGCUGUCCCAAACGUCUCAAAUUCAGAGUAUCUCAACACCUUGGGCUCAAAAUUGGCUCCUGAUAUAGACAUCAUGUGGACAGGUCCGAAAGUAAUUUCCAGGCUGCUGACUGUGGAAUCAAUCGAAGAAAUAACAGAAGUUUUGAGGAGGCCACCGGUGAUUUGGGAUAACAUCCAUGCAAAUGAUUAUGAUCAAAAGCGUGUUUUCCUAGGUCCAUACCAAGGGCGUUCACCCGAUCUCAUUCCGAAGCUUCGCGGUGUGUUGACCAAUCCCAACUGCGAGUAUGGUUGCAAUUUCGUAGCCAUCCACACGUUGGCUCAGUGGUCCCGAUGCAGUAUCGAUGGACUGCGAGAUCUUAGUUUGAACGACAGUGUCUCAGCUGACAUCAAGCUUGAAAUUGAGUCUGAAGAUGGAGGAUUGUCAGAGGAUGUCCCCUCCUCGUUGCCCACCAACAUCUACCAUCCACGCCGAGCUCUGCGUAACGCAAUAAAUGAAUGGCUUUUAGAAUUCCAGCGGCACAAACAGGUCUACGGGCCAAUUCAGAAACCUCAGCCACAAGUUGCCGUCGCUAUCCCUGUCCCGGUCAUACUUCCGAGUAUCAACACAUGCAUGUCCCUUACGCCCACUACGACCUCUGUCACUGAUUCACAGCCUAAUAACACGAAUCAGCUUCAAGCCUUGGCGGAAGUGUGCUCAGCUGUAAACGGUGCUGACAGCUUAAUGCAGCCCACACCUGCUGUGACUUUGACCGGCCCUGCAGUCGUGAUGAACUCCCUUGCAUCAGAGAAUAAAGUUAUCAGUGAACCGAUGGAUUGUAAAACCACCCCCACCUCAGAGUGCUUGUCUUCGGACACUUCUGUAAGUUGUUCCAGUUUCCCAGGUGACGCAAACAGCAAAAUGCAAAUGGAAUCACCAAGUCCCUCUAGUCAAACAAUGAUUGUAGAUCCUCCUACCAAUCCGCCAGAAACUAACGGAACUGAAGCGAAGAAGUCCCCCGAAGAAGAAUUGCGUUACGAGGACCUAGCGCUUCUCUGUGAUCUUUUCUAUUUGCCGUUCGAGCAUGGAGUUCAAGGAGUCCAGCUGCUCCAGGAAUUCAACUGGCUCAAAAGCAACGCACAUCAUGUCUCCUCAACAUCACAUUGCAGGAAAAAUGCCGAAAAAACACCGGAGGCUCAAGAAUGGUUUGAACGGGCCAAGAAGCUAAAUGACUGCGCAGAGGCGCUGAACCAGUUGAUGGAUCGACUGACCGCUUGCAAUAAUCGAGAGCUGCUGUAUGAUCUGUAUCCAUAUGUUUGGGACAUGCGAGGCGUAGUAUCUCUUCUGAACUCCUACGUCAAAUGGCUAGCAAUCGGGCAUUUUCCGCAGAUGAUCACCAGUUUUACGCUCGGCAAUUAUACAUGGUUUUCCAAAGGCUGGAAGGAAAGCUUCAUGAGCGGCGAGCAAGAGCCAUGGGUUUUCAGGGGCGGUUUAACGGCUGAUCUUCAACGGCUAGUACCGGUAGAUGCAGGGUCCGAUCUGUUCAUUUACAAGGCGCCAGAUGUGCCGGUAAACAAAACAUACACCAUUCGCCCAUAUUUGUUCGAGGAUGAACAGGGAGUGUACGGAGUUUGUCGACGCACAUGUCUUGAUGGAAAUGAUGGAUCAGAGAUCUUCGCCCAGAAUUGCGAUUUGCCUGGUGACAGGUUGGUAGCAGGAUUCUUAAUUUUAUCCCCGGAAUUGUGCUUUGUGGUAGAAGACGAAACGGGGAUCGUAGGAUAUGCAUGUGCUGCUUUAAAUGCCAAACAGUUCUACACCCAACUAGAGUCGUCGUGGCUCCCUGUAAUGUGUACCAAGUAUCCACUGAACGAUGCCAGCAGUCCACCGCCAAACAAGCAUGUUGAGGAAAUGAUUAAAUGGUUCCAUUCGUUCAAAGGCGAGUCACUACCGUCAGCUGCACAUGCUAACCACCCUUCAGUCAUGUGUUGCAAUUUAUUGUCGACAGUUUCGGACCAGUCUGUGGCAAAGAGGCUUGUAAUCUGUUUACUGGCAGCUUUAAGGGCCAACGGUUCAUUUGGUGUGUGUGUCUCUCUGGAUGCCAAAGACCGCAACCUCCUAGAUUUUUACACCAAGCUGGGAUUUUUGGAACUCUGCCAAGGGUUUAGCACGGAAACAUCGUACCUAGGAAGGUCCUUCUAGGGAAAAACCUAGCUCAUCGCGCAGAGGAAAAAAGAGGUCGAAUGAUGGUGCUCUUUUCUGAAGAUGGGCUCAAUUGUCUGAAUCACUGAGGCUUCCAGAUCAGAGUCAAAUCUAUUCCUGAAGGGGAAUUUUUCAAAGAACAACUUUACCGCAGAAAAAAAGGCUCUAAGUUAAGUUUUUAUUCUCUAUUUUCUACCUUCAUUCUAAAAAGCUCCGAUUCCUACAUUUUGUAUGAUGUGUUAUGAACAUUUUUUUUAACGAUGCGGAAGUUCUUUUGCAAAAUUCCUGAAAUAUGUGCAGCAAGAUUUUCUCUGAGCAUAAAUGUAUAGCGUCAAGCAAGUCAGUCAUAUUUUUGACAUUAAGUCUGAUAUAACAUACUAUUUAUUUUGAUCAAUUCAUGUUGAUCAAAUCUGCGAGCUUCCCAGGCUCUUGUAAAAUUUUUCUGGAAUGGAGCUUCGAAAUUUCGCAAGAAGCACUGUCAUUUUUUCAGUGUUGUUUUUAUCACACAAGAUUUGUAUAGGCUAACAUUUUGUUUCAUUAACUUGGUCCGUUUUGGAGAUCGAAAUGAAGCCUCAAAAUGACGCAAACCAAUUUUCUAAAUGUAACCAAAUAUUAGUAAAAAAAAUAUAAUUUUAUAAUUAAUAUCAUGAUUGAUUAUGAUAAUUAUCAUUAUGUAUGGACAAUGUAGGUAAUUUCGAAAAAUAUUUUUAAAACCUAGAGGCUCUCUCAUGACUUGUAACUUAAAACCAAGUUCAAGUGAAAUGUGAAACGCCUAUUCACGUAUCAUUCAAGACAAAAAGUGUUUAAUAGAUCCUCAGAAUAGUCUAGUAAAAUUUCUGUUUUCAUCAAUCAUUCAAUCAUUGUAUAAUUUUUUCAAUGAGCCACGCAUCAGUAAUCUUAAGGAAUUGUCAUUCGUUUUGUCUGUUAAAUUUGUUGGAAAAAACUAAGAAAUGAGCAAAAUUAUAUUCAACCUUCAGCAAUGCCAGGCGCAACAGCAUACAUUAAGCCAGAUAUUGACAAUAUUGUUGUAAUUGCCUCACUUUGCUAGCGCUGGAUGGAGGUUAUGAGCCAAACAUUAUGCUACAGGAAAUUUUUACUUUAAGAAAAAAGUUGUUCAUAAAUUUCUCGACUAAAAUCAAAAUAAUGGCAUGCAGAGGAAAUCUUGCCUGACCUAUUCAUGCCGACAAAAUCCUGACUUGAGAAAAUCCUUCACCAAAUGUUCAACUAUUUGCCUUUUCUUUUUUAAAAAAAAGAAUAAAAAAAUUAAAGAUUUUCAAGUAGAGUAAUGCCCUGAUUAUCUAAUGAUUGGCAAGGGUCGCAGUGAAUAUGAAAAAAGUUUGGUGCAGGAAACCACCAUAAAAAGGCAGAAUAAAUGCCAUCUUAGGCUCUGAGUGUAACCUAAGAGCUCAAGCUUGGUCAAUUAUUUAUCGUACUUGCAAAACAUAGUAAUUUAAUUGUAGAAAAACAAACUACAAUCCCAGGUAUAUUCAACUGUUGCCUAUUAAACUGGCUUUUGUUGUGUUGGCGUAUUAGUUUUCGACUGAGAACUCAAUUUUGAUUACAUCAGAUAACUGAAGCAUCAGAUAUUUAGGGCAUUACUGUAAUUUUUUUUAAUCAGAAAUCUUCGGUGAGAUCGGCAUCAUCAUUUCUCAAAUAAACUCUAUAUCUAAACACCUACAUUUAAACCACUGCCUUCAAGUAGAAUUCUUUGUUUAAACCCACCAUUUUUCCAUGUUAUAAAAUUAGCGGAAAGGUUCUUAUAGACUGAAAGGUUUGUCAGACGCUCCGCAAAUGUGGCGUCUUUCAACCUGGGAAAUUGUUGGGCCUUACUAUGAAAAAUUGAUCGAUCAGUCAUACUUAUUUGCUUGUCUUUCAAGCCAUAAAUAUUUUUUACUUAUAAUUUAUUUCAAUUAUUUUAUUAUCUAUUCUUAUUUUGUCCAGCGUGUAACUUGUGAGCCUGCUGGAAAAAAGGGUCAGGUAGCUGGGUGCUGGGAUGAAUUUGUUAAAAUGAUUCAUAUUUUCUGAAUCCAGAGCUCACCUGUGAUUAACUGACGAUGCUCUUUUCAUGGUAUUGAAAAAGAAAGAGCAUAGGUUUGAAUCAACCACUGAGGACUGAGUGUAUCACAAAAGUUGAUUUUCAUUGAUGGGUCAUUAGAUUAAGGCAAAAACCUUUACUAGAUUUUAGGAUAUACCAUGUAUCAAGUUUUCCUCAGUAUGGUUAUCACUAAUCUAAUUUGGAAUUCCAAUUCUAGUGUGGCAAUUAUUGCCAUAAACCUAAGAAACUUGCAAUCAUGAAAAAAGCACCUAAAUGAAGCAUUCCUUUUUAUCAAAUUUUGAUCAUCGAAUCUAAAAAUAUUAAGAUUGUUCAAAAAAACAUUUCAAGCGGGCGGAUUGUUUUUGCAUCAGGUUUUCGAUUGAUAAACUAUUUUCAUCAACUUAUUAAUUAUCAAUGUGAAAACAAUUGUGCUACAAGAAUUGAAUUUUACCAAUUAUGAUUCAAGAUCAAAAGAUUUUUGAUAAUGAUGGUCAUUCUUGCCUUCUUUUAAUUAUGUUUACGUUUUUCGAAAGCAGGAACAUACCAAGUAUGAUUUUUUUGCUAUGAAGACUUAUUAACCGUAUAAUCACAUCGCAUAAACUUGAUGGUUGGUUUUUAUAAAAAUUUUGUUACAUAGCUAAUCAUGACUUCUUUGAGUCCAAGGUCAAAUUUAUCAGAUUGUUUUUACUGUAUUUGAUGUAAAUAUUUUGUUAUCUCAAUUACUCUAGUUAAUUUCUGAUUUAGUCAUUUCGUCUUGUAAAUAGCUCAAAUUUUCUUUUGCCUGUUUCUCUUUACUUCUGAAGUAUUAAUGUUACUCUUGUUCCUUUUGUAUAUUAGUCUUUUUUGCCCAGUCACAAUGUUUAGUGCUAGUAUUCUUAAGUUUCAAUUUAAUAAACUGUUUUUAUAUGCAACCAA